AGUGAGCUCCAAAUGUGAAUGACUUCCUCCAUUGUGCCUCACACCUUUGAGACCUUUGAGAGGACCUUGGCCUCUUUUUUUUUUGAAGGACGAGCAAAUGCAUUUACUUUCGUUGAUUGUUUUUUCUGCACAAGUUGGGCUCAUCCUUUGGAGGGGGAAGAUGGACGAUGAGCGACAUGUUAGCGGGCUAAAGUGGCACGUUUGUAUACCUGCCUAAAUGGAUUAUGUGACCCUAAACUUUCUCACUGAGGUGUGCAAAACAGAGAGAAGGGUAAGAACUGCAACUUGACUCAACUCAAAAUUGAGCUUUAUAAAGUUGACUACCAGCAGUACUAUUACUACUACUACUAUUACUACUACUAUUACUACUACUACUACUAUGACUACUACUACUACCACUACUAUAACUACUAUUUGCAGUAUUCUACACUGUGCUAAAUGGCUGCGGGUUAAACGGCCUGACGCAUUUUUGCAGCGGCGAGCUCAAAACAAGAGUCUGAGUUAAGUUGUCAUCGCGUCACAUGACUCUGCUGUGACUCAGGGGGCCACAGCAUGGGUAACUCCUCCGGGAAGGGCGAGGGAGAUGAGGAGGAAGAGGAGGAGGAGAAAGACGGCGACGAGGUAGAAAUUGUGCAGAAGAAGAAGAAGAAGAAACAAGAAGAGGUGGUUGAAGAGGAGCUUCCGCUGGGGGUGGAGGAGUUGUUGGAGAGUGGAGAUCCAGUCUUGGACCUUAGCUACCGUCGAUUUAAGCGUUUACCUGCACGCCUUUGUGGACUAACGCAUGUGGAGAAGAUCUACGCUUGUGGAAACAGCCUACGGGCUCUCCCUGAAGGCAUAGAUCAGCUACAAGGUCUGCGGAUCCUUGCCCUGGACUUCAACAAGAUGGAGGAUGUUCCUCUCGCCGUCUGCCAGCUGGCCAACCUCACCCGCCUCUACCUGGGCAGCAACCGCCUGAUGACGCUCCCGCCCGAGCUGAAGAACCUGCAGAGUCUGCGCUGCCUGUGGGUGGAGAGCAACUACUUCCAGUGGUUCCCCAAGGAGCUGUACGAUCUCCCCAACCUUAGGUCCCUGCAAAUGGGUGACAACCGCCUGAAGACGCUCCCUCCCGACCUGACCCGCAUGGAGACUUUGAAGGGGCUGUGGCUCUACGGGAAUCGCUUCCAGACCUUCCCCAAAGUCCUCCUGAGCAUGCACGGCUUGGAGAUCCUUGACCUGGACCGCAACAAGAUCACCGAAUUCCCCAGCCUGAAGCGCCUCAGAUCCCUCCGCCUCUUCUCCUAUGACCACAACCCCGUCACAGAGCCUCCGACCGUGGGUGAGGAAGUGUUAGUAGUCGGCGAAGGUGCGGCGGAGUUCUUGGAGGAGCGCGAGGCCAGGAAUGAGAGGCGGCGGAAGGCUGAGGAGGAAGAGGCUGGGGAGUCGGCCCUCGGGGGAGAAGAGCCUAUCAUCCAAGGCAUCUUGAAGAACUGCAGAUCCAACAUGACUCCGAGCGAGGCGGACUUCAAGGACGAGGAAGACGUCGACUCUCCUAUGGCGGACUUGGAGUACGACGAUGAGGCAUUUGAGUACGAGACGGAGGAGCUGAUCUGCGAGGGAGAGGGCUUUGAGUACGAGGGAGAGGAGCUGGAGUAUGACAGGGCUCACAUGGACUAUGAGUAUGAGGAGGAGAUGAAGGAGAAGGCCUGAGAUUAUCUGCAGUCGGGUGGCCCACAGGAGACAUAUUUCUUAUCUUCAUCCCUGCUGCUAAUUUAAAAAUGUUCAUUAACUGUGAAAAUAAAAACUUUCAUCUCGGUCUACUGUCAAUCAGAGGUAUAAUCAAACAAGGUUUGUGUGUGUGAGGACAGUAUUAUUAAAU